CCGCCGCAGGUUCCCUCCAAUUAAGUCCAAUUAAAAGAUCAGAACUUUUUGGUUCGUGUGUGAUGAUAGAGCUUUAAACUUCGAUGUGUGACCGUUCGAAAAACAUGGAAAAGUUUGUGGACUUUUCUUUACCUGUAGAUCGAAAUUGAGGUUGAUUUGCGCUGUAUUUAUUAGUGGCAUUAAAUAUUGCUAGACGAAUUUCCGAUCGUGCGCAUCUAUGCAUUUAGCUUUCAUUUUUUUAUGCGUUUAAAGUUCUAAAUGCUCGGAAGCGUUUUAACGCUUGAGCGAAUGCGUUAACUGAUGGUUACGUAUCACUUCUAAGUGUUUCAAAGCAGAGAAAGGGCCUGCAACAAUUAGAUUCCAUACGGUUAUUAUUAAAGUGUUCAACUUUAAUUAUAACCGUAUGGAAUAGCUUCUAAGAAUUGCCUUCAUAAUAUCACUGAACUUCACGGAAGUCGAUCACCAAAUCAGGAUGGCGAGUCCAUCAAUGAGAGAGUUAGCGCAAUCCAUCACCGCGACGGGAGAAGCUAUUAAGCAAUUUCAGGAGCAGUUUCUGCCAUCAUUGCGCAAGCAGACUUCGGGAGACUCGAAGAAGGAUUCGAAUGGUGUUGGGACUGAGGCAGUACCAUCUGCCGCCAGACACGCUGAGCUCAUUCAAAGCAUCAUGGACAAUAUGGACCAAAUCAAACAGACGGCUGGAAUAGCUUCAACCAGACAGACACUCCCAGUUCGUCCGGAAUCGUUAGGCGAUUUGAGUCUUCGAGGGGCACCGGUUGUUCUCGCUCUUAGUGAGAUCCCCCAAGCCCGGUUAGUGGCGGCAACUCGGGCAAAGCUGGCGCAGGCCGACGGUCUGAUACACGAUGUCGAGCAAAUCGAAAAGCUUUUACAAUGAGCGGACGGAGUUUUAACGAAGUAACUGCUGCGCAUCGUCUUAACGUAUAACAAUCAUUGCCAUUAAUAUCAUAAAAGCAUGUUUUUGUGAGUCUACUAUACAGAAUCAAUUCAAAUAAUUAUUGUUGUUAAGACGAUCCAUUCUAAAGGUCGCAGAAAUGCGUAUAUGAAAAGCGCCUGAGAUGUUUGUUUUGAACAUUACAGACUGAUAUAUCCCCCAUUUAGUAUAGGCUAGAUAUGAUGCCGGAGAGGACAGCCAACUUAAUAAUGAUUGGUGUCAAGAAAUUUCAACUCUUGCAGGAAAACACAAAAAAAAACAACUUUCUUUAAUUCAAUCACAGUAUAGCCAUCGACCUAUUAUGUGCAUUUAUGAUAAUCUAGACGUAAUUAAUGUGGCUUCUUACGUAAAGCAAAUACAAUUUCAGAUAGCCGAACUCAGCUAGAAUUUGUCGCUGUAAAACUAAAAAGGUCCACCUGUCACAGCGCAAGCUCGUCCAGUUUACAAGGCUUCCUGGUCCACAGCGCAAUGCAUGAUGGCACUGUGGAGGUACUUGUUACAAACAAGCCUUGUUACCUUGACCUCCGUUGAAAUAGUCGGCUUUUAUAGAUCAAUUACAAGCCUAUUUUAAAGAUGUCAAAAGGUCUCCAAGACAAAGGUGACAGCUGGAAGCCCCGUUCUGUCAAGCAAUAUAGUUUGCGUCCAGUACCUAAAUGAUGCGACCAAUAACACACCACGUUAUCGCAAGAAAUAAAUGCUUCUACUUCACACAGUCAUAAUAGUUUUGGUCGAUUUAACCUCGGUACUUUUUAAUAUUAUUUCCAAAUUAUAGGAAGUAAUAUCGUUCGUAUAAAAUUAAAAAAAUAACAGUUCUCUCUUUUUUGUAUUUUUUUAAACAGGGAUGUUAAUUAUGACUAUUAUUUUAUGAAUAGAAUGAUCCAGCUAAGCUCUUAACUGUUGCUACAGUGAUGAUGUUUGGCUAAUUUUGUUCGUUUAUCAGCAUUUCGGUAAAACUUUCUCUUGUGAAUUGUUUCUGUCAUGUAAUAACUCGUAUCGAAGGUAGUUUCCGAUGAUUAAUAAUGUCAACUAUGCACUUAUCUACCGCAGUCUAGAGAGACAAUCCCAUAAGGGCAUCGAGGAGACCAUUACAGAUUCGACCAUAUGAAAAGUUCUUGAAAAGUUAUAAGUAGAAACUGGAGAAACGCUGUCGCAAUCCUGAAAAUAUUUACGAAAGAACGUUGGGACAGGAUGAAAACCUAAAUAGAAAUCAAGAAAAAAAUACAAAUGAAAAAUAAUCAGCAUCUUUACUAGUAUCUCGUCUAAGCUAUUAACCCAAGAAUCGCACAUACAUGUUGAGUCUUGCUAUAGAAUGCCUAUAUAAUCAAGUAUUAAUUUCUGUGUAACUGCUCUGCUGAGGGCAAUUAUAUGAACAAUUUCAUCUACGAAGGUCAAAUUAAUGCAAGACUUCAUCUGUUUUUUUUGCCAGAAAUCUGUCGAUAAGCCAUUUUUAUUGGGUCUAGUAUAUACAUUGAGGCUUGCUACUGGUUCUUUCAUUUGAGCAUUCUGUGGUUUGUCUUUUUUUUCUUUCUUUCCAUUUCUUCCGUUUUCUAUGUCGGCUUUGUCUAUUUCGCCUAUUUUCUAUUUACAUGAUUCGAGAAAAGGAGUUACAUUGUGACGAAGCCAGAUACCACGAUGCUUCCGCCUAUACCAACAAUGG